AUGUCGAACCCCGUCUCCUCCACCGCCGAGGCCCGCGACCCGCUCGCGCCGCUCGUCGACGGCGCCGCCGCGCUGUCCGUCGCCGACGCCAAGGGCGGCGCCGCACCCAGCGCCGCCGAGGCAAAGGCCGCGGCCGCCGGCAAGCCCAAGAAGGAGAAGAAGGACAAGAAGGGCGGCGCGGGCGCCGGCGCCGAUGCCGGGCCCUCGGUGCCGCUCGAGUUCACGCCGCCGCCGCCCUUCUUUGCCGAGCGCAUGGCCCUCUUCGACCGCCUGCUCGCCGAGCAGGACGCCGAGCGCGCCCGCGCCGCCGAGGCCAGCGAGGAGAUCGACAUCACCAUGCCCGACGGCAGCGUGCGCAAGGGCCACAGCUGGAAGACGAGCCCCAUGGACAUUGCGCGCGAGAUCAGCAAGAGCCUGAGCGAGCGCAUCGUCAUCUCCAAGGUCAACGACACGCUCUGGGACCUCGAGCGCCCGCUGGAGGGCAGCUGCACGCUUGCCUUCUUCGACUUUGAGUCGCCCGAGGGCAAGCGCGUCUUCUGGCACUCGUCGGCGCACGUGCUGGGCGAGGCGGCGGAGCGCCACUACGGCUGCCACCUGUGCAUCGGCCCGCCGACGGAUGACGGCUUCUUCUACGAGAUGGGCAUGGGCGAGAGCGAGAAGAUUGGCCGCACGUCGGUCAAGGCCGAGGACUUUGGCGCGCUCGAGGCGCUGGUCCAGAGCGCGAUUAAGGACAAGCAGAAGUUCGAGCGCUGCAUCGUGACGAAGGAGAACCUGCUGGAGAUGUUCAAGUACAACAAAUACAAGCAGCACAUCAUCUCGUCGAAGAUCCCAGACGGCACAAGCACGACGGUGUACCGGUGUGGCCCGAUGGUGGACCUGUGUGUCGGCCCGCACAUCCCGCACACGGGCCGGAUCAAGGCGAUGAGCGUGCUGAAGAACUCCGCCUCGUACUUCCUCGGCUCGCAGGAGAACGACUCGCUGCAGCGGCUGUACGGCAUCUCGUUCCCGGACAAGAAGCAGAUGACCGAGUACAAGCACUUCCUCGCCGAGGCCGCCAAGCGCGACCACCGCAAGAUCGGCCGCGAGCAAGAACUGUUCCUCUUCCACGAGCUCAGCCCGGGCAGCUGCUUCUGGCUGCCGCACGGCACGCGCAUCUACAACACGCUGCUCGAGUUCAUGAAGAAAGAGUACCACGGCCGCGGCUACGACGAGGUCAUCUCGCCGAACAUGUACAACAGCAAGCUGUGGGAGACGUCGGGGCACUGGGCCAACUACAAGGACGACAUGUUCGUGCUGCCCGUCGACAAGGAGCAGUUUGCGCUCAAGCCGAUGAACUGCCCCGGCCACUGCCUCAUGUUCGCGUCGCGCGACCGCUCGUACAAGGACCUCCCGAUGCGCUUCGCCGAGUUUGGCGUCAUCCACCGCAACGAAGCCAGCGGCGCGCUCAGCGGCCUCACGCGUGUGCGGCGCUUCGUGCAGGACGACGCGCACAUCUUCUGCAUGGCCAGCCAGAUUGAGGACGAGGUGACGGGUGUGUUCGACUUCCUCAACGCCGUGUACGGCAAGUUCGGCUUUGCAUUCAAGCUUGAGCUGUCGACACGGCCAGACAAGUACCUGGGCGAGAUUGAGACGUGGAACGAGGCUGAGAAGCGCCUCUCGUCGGCGCUCGACAAGUUCAUGCCGGGCAAGUGGGAGCUGAACCCGGGAGACGGUGCCUUCUACGGCCCCAAGAUCGACAUCACCAUCUCCGAUGCGAUGAAGCGCGAGUUCCAGUGCGCCACGAUCCAGCUCGACUUCCAGCUGCCGCAGCGCUUCAAGCUGUCGUACCGCACGCCCACCGGCGACGCAGCCCUCGGCGGCAACGUCGACCGGCCUGUCAUGAUCCACCGCGCCAUCCUCGGCUCGCUCGAGCGGUUCAUCGGCAUCCUGACGGAGCACUUCGGUGGCAAGUGGCCGCUCUGGCUCUCGCCACGGCAGGUCAUGGUCGUCCCCGUCACGGCCAAGGUGUACGGCUACGCUUCGGCGGUGAAGCAGCAGCUGUGGGACGCCGGCAUCUUUGCCGAGGUGGACCUCUCGCCCGAGACGCUGCCGAAGAAGAUCCGCAACGCCGAGCUGGCGCAGUGGAACCAGAUCUUCGUCGUGGGCGUCAAGGAGGAGGAGACCCGGGCAGUCAAUGUGCGCGACGGCCGCAACUCGGCUGCUCCGGCCGUGGUGCUCGAGCUCGACGAUGCUUGCCGCCGUGUGCUGGCACUCAAGGAGAGCCGCAGCCUCGACAACACCCUGUAG